GGAGCUGCCAGCAGCGUGGGGUGCCGCUCCCUGUAAUGACCGGCCACCACAGUUGGGGAUAUGGGCGGGAUGACGGACCCUCAGAGUGGCACAAAUCUUUUCCUAUUGCCCAAGGGAACCGCCAGUCACCUAUUGAUAUAGUUCCUGCAAGAGCAGUUUAUGACCCUAACCUGAAGCCACUUGUUAUCUCCUAUGAAUCAUGUACAUCUCUCGACAUCUCCAACAACGGCCAUUCAGUUAUGGUUGAGUUUGAAGAUACUGAUGACAAGACAGCAAUCAGUGGAGGUCCCUUUGAGAAUCCAUUUCGGUUAAAACAGUUUCACUUUCACUGGGGGACAAAGCACAGCCAAGGAUCAGAGCAUACAAUCGAUGGCAAACCUUUUCCCUGUGAGCUCCACUUAGUUCACUGGAAUGCCAGAAAAUAUGCAACAUUUGGAGAAGCAGCAGCAGCUCCAGAUGGCUUGGCAGUAGUUGGUGUUUUCUUGGAGAUUGGGAAAGAACAUGCCAAUAUGAACAGACUCACGGAUGCUUUGUACAUGGUAAAAUUUAAAGGAACAAAAGCUCAAUUUAGAAGCUUCAACCCCAAAUGUCUCCUGCCUUUGAGUCUAGAUUAUUGGACAUACCUUGGUUCUCUGACAACACCACCCCUUAAUGAGAGUGUUACAUGGAUAGUGCUGAAAGAACCCAUCAGAAUUUCUGAGAAACAGCUGGAGAAAUUUCGCAUGCUCCUCUUCACCAGUGAGGAAGACCAGAGGAUCCAAAUGGUGAAUAAUUUUCGCCCUCCUCAGCCUCUUAAGGGAAGAGUAGUUCGAGCUUCUUUCAAGGCCUGAAGAAAACUGGUAAUAGCCCUGAGAUAUCCAAGAGCUUCCACAUCUGAGAUAGUAUAAACAGAAACCCUGGUCUUCAGAUGACUCAUAGAACACACAAAGUAGCCAUUUCUGUGAACACUCUGCUUGGAGGGGGACAGUCUUCUGAUCUUAUAUUUUGAAUUGCUUAUUCUUUUGAGAAAUGGUAUCUUUUUAACAAGCACUUUUUAUUAUAAGGAAUAGUUGAGUAAACCAGUGUUCUCCAAGACCUGAAACUCUAAAAAUUAAGAUGAAAUUAAAAUACCACUUAAUAAAAAGUGGGAAAUUAUGUAACGAUCUACUAGUACUGAUGGCUACAACUUCUAAUUGUCUUAUUUAAUACAUGAUGAAACAGUAGUUAAGAAUUUUGGACAAAUGUGACUUAUAUUUUCCUUACCAAUCUCUUGUUAGCAUUUGCUGAGCUCUGUCUGAUUUCAAGACUGCUUUCACUGUAUUCUUGCUGUGGACACCUAGAGUGGACGAGUAGCACUAGAAAGUUCUUUACUCACCUCAAGUUAGGCACGGGUAUGAAAACUACAUACAUACUUUAAAGUUACUGGUCCAGGAUGCUAUUUUACAUUGUUAUUUUAAAUGAUUUAUAAAGGCUGUGUUUAAAAGCAGGCCAUUUUCUUGCAGUGUUAUUCAGACAUUUGUUCUUCUAGCCCAUGCAGCACACAGCUAUAAUGCCCUUGUCAGUUUUGUUGGAAAGAACAUCUAUAGCAAUUCAGGUAUGUGUUUUGUGCUUCUCAAUUGUUCAACUUCUACCUCAGUUAAGUGAUUUGCUCUGCAAUACAACUUUUGUCAUUGUCUGCCCUAAAAAAGUAGAUAUUUUGUUUACUUUAGGGACCGAACAUGGGUAGACUUUGACUGCACUGAAUGUGCAUUGCUGCACAAAUCAUCCCCUUGCUAUGGCAGGCUGUUGGGGGAUACUCCAUUCAGAUACAAGGUUUUAUCAGUCCUGAGUCCUUUUACCUUUCACAAGAAAGUUGCUUUAGAAAAACCAUGUGUUAGUAUUACUGCUUCUGCAGCCCAGUGGCAAAACUGAGACUUAUGUCUCUGGUACUUAAUACAGUGAUGUUAUCUGUAACCACCCACAGCCUAUUUUCAGUCACUUUAAUUCUGGGCUUCAAAUGCUCUACUCUAUCUGUAGAGUUCAAAUAGAAAUUACUGAUGUUUAUCAAUUUUCAUCAGCUUAGGGAAAUCAAAGUAGUACAAUGUGAAGGAAAGCAGGGGGGAAAAGAACAGCUACUAUGGGCUGUUACUUUUUCAGAAAGGGAGAAAGAUGGUAGAUGUGAAGCAUGGUACAAGGAAUGUAGGACUAGAAUUCUAGAUGUAAAAUUUCUACAGUUUUUCUGGUACAUUGACCUAAAAUUUCCUGUUUCUCAUUUUCCCCUUAUAUGAAAGGAGGGUAACACUGACCUACCUCACAGGGAUGUUGUGAGGGCUAAUUCAGCAUUGUUUUAGAUGUGAGAUUCUUAUACAGCAGUUGCUAAAGAAACAAAAUCAUGACAAAAUGCCAUGUCUUUAGCUGUUAUGAAUGUAACUUUGAUAGUAAUGCAAACUUGUAUGGCAGAAAAAUCUAUUUAAUGUAUCUUAAUUUCUUUAACAAAUUAAAUGAGACUUUAGAAUUUA